AUGACUCGCCCACAACCGACGCUGGCCGACCUGCUCACCAUAGAGCCAUCAGCCAGCAUUUACUAUUCGUACGCCAGGGAGACCGAACUGUCGCUGGAUUUCGACACUGGAGAUCAGUACCUCACACUGUUGGUGCCGACGAACAGGGCUGUUAUGGCACUGGCCAGGAAACCACAUCAAGGGCCGCCUUCCACUGUACCCAUCAUUGAGCUUUCUGAGCAACAAUUCGACGAACAAUCGAAGCGUAAUGUUUACCGUUGGGUCUCAGCACAUAUCAUCCCCUCUCACAUCUCUCUCUCGAGUGUCCCCGUGACAUAUGACACUUUACUCGAGGGCAAAUCUGUUACUUUCAUCCCAACCUCGAAGACUGGGCAGGGCUCCCCAAACUGGUCACGGGUCACGCUCGAAGAUGGGUCUAAGAUCAUCAGUGUGAAAGAGGCGAUGAAUGGAGUGCUUUAUCUCAUCGAUGGUACCGUUGAUCCUUAUUGA